AUGGCGGACCCGAAGCAGAACGAGGUCAUCACCUCCCAGAUCGAUCUGGAAACAUCAAGUGAAAAUGUCUCCUCAGAGAAGAAGGGUACCCGUGAUGACCAGCGGGAUAUGUUUCGUUUGGGAAAGGCCCAGGAGUUGCGGCGAAAUUUCCGAUUUGUGUCUAUCUUCGGCUUCUCGAUGAUACUUAUGGCCAGUUGGGAAACGGUGUUGGGUACUUCCAUUAUUGGCCUGAUCAACGGCGGCACAGCUGGUAUGAUUUGGAUGUUUUUGGUGGCUUGGAUUGGCUUUCUCGCUGUGAACACCUCCAUGGCUGAGAUGGGCUCAAUGGCACCAACUUCCGGGGGUCAAUACCAUUGGGUUUCAGAGUUCGCGCCGCGACGGUAUCAGAAGUUCAUGAGCUUUAUAGUUGGAUGGCUUUGCGUUCUCGGAUGGCAGACUGGUGCGGCAAAUACAGCGUUCCUGGCUGGUACGCAAAUACAGGGCCUGGCUAUCCUGAACUAUCCGGAUUAUGUGCCUGAGCCGUGGCACGGUACUCUUCUGACAUUCGCCGUGGCCUCCUUCUCGGUCCUAUUCAACACGUUUCUGGUCAAAAAGCUCCCUCUGAUCGAGGGAAUUGUGCUGAUUGUGCACGUCUUCGGCUUUUUCGGCGUCCUCAUCACACUGUGGGUUUUGGGCCCGAGAGCGAGCACUCACGAGGUCUUCACGACGUUCAACAACUAUGGUGGCUGGAGCUCUGAUGGUCUUUCUGCCAUCGUGGGUAUUCUGGCCGUCAUGAUUCCAUUGUUGGGCGCCGACGGAGCUGUGCACAUGUCCGAGGAACUCCGCGAUGCCUCGAAAGUCCUGCCACGCAGCAUGAUCGCCACCACUCUCGCCAACGGCGCGAUGGGCUGGAUCAUUCUCAUCACCUUCUGCUUCACCUUGGGCAACUUGGACGACGUCAUCGAUUCCCCCACGGGACAGCCGUACAUCGCUGUCUUCUACACGGCUACUCAGUCUUAUGCCGGCGCUUCGGUUCUUUCGGCGCUCGUCAUAUUCAAUGCAAUAUUCUGCAACCUGUCCAUCACUGCGACUGCUUCCCGUCAGCUCUGGUCAUUUGCUCGUGACCAAGGUGUGCCUGGUUCGUCCUGGUUUGCAUAUGUUCGGCCCGGCUGGGAUGUACCGAUGAACAGUAUCGUCGUCUCUUUCGUGGUGUCUUGCCUCCUCUCUCUCAUCAAUAUCGGAUCCACGAUCGCACUCAACAACAUCACCUCUUUGUCCCUGGUUGCGAUCCUCUCUUCGUAUAUCGUCUCUAUCGGAUGCCUUUUCUGGAAGCGCCUGACCAAUCAACCUCUCCUUCCCGCCAAGUUCACGUUCUCGCGACCGGUCGGGCUCUUCUUAAACGGAUUCAGCCUCAUGUUCCUCAUUUUCGCGUUUAUCUUUGCCUUCUGGCCCAGCAAUCCCAAACCAACGGCGGCGCAGAUGAACUGGAGUUGCCUGAUUUUUGGAGCCGUGUUGGUCUUUGCGGUACUACACUACGUCAUUAAGGCUCGACAUGUGUACGAUGGCCCUGUGGAAUAUGUACGAAAGCUUGUCUAG